AUGUUAGUCAACGUGAAACUAUUGUUUCCAGCAUCUGGACCAAUAAUGGAGAAUGGUCCGCAAAAUCAAACUAUAUUAGAUGGAAAGGAUGCAACUUUGACGUGUAAUGCCGUAGCAGCACCGAUACCAAACACUACGUGGAUUUACAAUGAUCAUGCAAUUAAUAUAAGUGGAAAUUCGAUGGAUGACUUUCAUUCAUUAAUAGAUACAACUCCUGUGGAAAUCGCCGGCAGAGUACAGGUGUUAGAUAACGGAGAUCUUUUAAUUGCCGCCGUGAAACCGAACGACGCUGGGAAAUACACGUGUAUUCGGGCGAACGAAGCUGGUUCUGUAAAUGUUCGAACGCAGAUUGUCCAACCACCUGUUGAUACCUCCGUCCUGCUCGGCUAUACCGCGGAAUUACAAUGCAAAGUUUCCAAUGAUCCAAGCGUUUUGUAUGAUAUAGCGUGGUUCCACAAUUCACAAGUAAUAAAUACACAAGCCAGCCAGAGGGUGAAGAUGCGAAACGAUGGCACGUUGGAAAUAGCGGCGGUCCGUGCUUCUGACGUGGGUGAAUACAUGUGCUCCGUGGUCUCUCCCGGUGGCAACGAGACUAGAUCCGCUCGUCUCAGUGUGAUCGAAUUGCCGUUUGCACCUAUAAAUGUAAUGGCCAGCCGAGUCGAACGGAUUUCACCUCGCACCAUAAACGUCAGUUGGGUGCCAGGCUUUGACGGGAACAGUCCAACAAAGAAAUUUAUUGUCCAAAGGCGAGAGGUUUCUGAUCUUGGGCCGAUACCUGAUUCCGCGCUGAACUGGAUCACCGAGUGUAACAACGUCUCGGCGGAAAAUCGUUGGGUGGUAUUGAACAAUCUAAAAGCCGCUGCCGCGUACCAAUUUCGAGUAACUGCGGAAAAUAGCGUUGGCGAGGGACCUCCGUCGGAUCCUAGCAACGUGGUAGCCCUCCCUCAAGAACCUCCGAGUGGACCACCAGUAGGAUUCGUUGGCUCUGCUCGGUCAUCCUCGGAAAUAAUCACGCAAUGGCAGCUUCCGUUGGAAGAAUAUCGAAACGGUCAUAUUUUAGGAUACGUGUUGAGAUACAGAUUGUAUGGUUACAACGACAAUCCGUGGACAAUACAGAACAUCACGAACGAAGCGCAAAAGAACUACCUUAUUACCGAUCUAAUCACUUGGAAGGAUUACAUCGUGCAGAUAGCGGCGUACAACGACAAAGGGGUCGGAGUGUUUACCGAAGGUUUGAAGAUUAAAACCAAGGAAGGAGUGCCCGAAGCUCCGCCCACGAAUGUAAGGGCGAAGGCCGUUAAUUCAACGGCGAUAAAAGUGUGGUGGAAACCCCCGAAUCCGCAGAAGAUCAACGGGAUAAAUCAAGGUUAUAAAUUACAAGCCUGGAUCGGGCGUAAUUUUACCGAAGCGAACGAGUACAAGUCGAUGACCGUGCCACCUAGUUUGUUCGAUCCCCUCGCAGAGCAAAUCAAGUGGAAUCCUCCGUUUGAAGUGAACGGAAUUCUCACUCUCUAUCAAUUGAAAUACAUGAUCAAAGAUGUGCCAGAUUCCCUGCGAGUGGAGAACUUCACGUCGGACGUACUCUCGGCCAAGAUCGAACAUUUACAAGCAAUGACUCAUUAUAGAUUCGAGGUGGUCGCUUGGACGUCAGUGGGCCCUGGGAAACCAGCGGUAGCUGUUAUUCAAUCAGGCGUCGAACCUGUCCUACCUGAACCGCCAACCAAAUUGGCGCUGUCUAAUAUAGACGCGUUCUCUGUCGUUCUUCAGUUCACGCCAGGAUUCGAUGGCAAUUCGUCGAUAAUAAAGUGGACAGUGCAAGCACAAACCACUCGAAACACAACGUGGUACAAUAUAUAUGAAGUUUCUGAUCCCGACGCCAGUACGAUCACUGUAGGUGGCCUAAUCCCGUUUAUGCAGUACAAGUUACGAUUAAUUGCCAACAACGUUGUCGGCGCUUCUCAACCUUCCGAACCAACGAAGGAAUUUCAAACGAUUCAAGCACCACCGUCACAUCCUCCUAGGAACGUUACGGUUCGUGCAAUGAGCGCUACGGAAUUGCGCGUUAGAUGGAUCCCGUUGCAACAGAUCGAGUGGUACGGAAAUCCAAGGGGUUAUAACGUUACUUACACCGAAGUCCGAACGAACAAAUCGAGAAGCAUCACUAUAGAAGAUCACACAGCGAAUUCGUAUAUUUUAAAGGACAUGGAGGAAUAUGCUCUCUAUGAUAUUGUAAUGCAAGCGCUUAACGACGUCGGGUCGUCGACGACGAGUCCGAAAGCUGUCGAGAGGACCCGCGAAUCAGUUCCCUCGAUGGGGCCUGUUAACGUAGAAGCUAAUGCAACGUCUUCCACGACCAUAUUAGUCAGAUGGGGCGAUGUCCCUAUAGAACAUCAGAACGGACAGAUAGAAGGGUUUAAAGUUUAUUAUGGUGCAAAUGCUAGAUCGGCAUUCCAAUAUAAAAACAUUCCUAGCAAUACAACGUUUACGACGACUUUAACGGAACUUCGAAAAUUCGUGCAAUAUCACAUACAAGUGCUGGCUUAUACACGGCUCGGCGAUGGCACUUUAAGCACCCCACCAGUUAGAGUACAAACGUUUGAAGAUGUCAAGAUCAUCAAUUUUCGAAGGAGUUCCCCGCAUCGGAUAGAACCUUUAGGUACAAUUAACAGCGUGAUUAAUAAAUCUAAACCAAAAAAAAAGAAAAGUCAGUAUGAAAUUCAUAUUUUUAUGGCAACUGGACUAGAGCCGGAAAAAUACUACAUGUUCUCGGUAACAGCACAAACGAGAUUAGGCUGGGGGAAAACAGCGUACGCUCUUGUUUUUACUACAAAUAACAGAGAACGUCCGCAAGCGCCGUCGAUGCCGCAAAUUAGCAGAUCGCAAAUUCAAAGUAGACAGAUAACAUUUAAUUGGACACCUGGUCGUGAUGGGUUUGCUCCACUAAGAUAUUACACAGUACAACAAUCAGAAAAUUCAGGACCAUUCCAAACUAUUCCUGAAAGAGUAGAACCAACUUUAACAUCUUAUACAGCAAAUAAUUUGAAACCAUUUACAUUCUAUCAGUUCCGAAUACAAGCAACCAACGAUAUAGCACCUUCUCGUGGAGUGACCGGAUUGAAAGUAGUUCCAAUAACAACAUCUAGCAUAGAGGUUCAUUGGAACGUAAUAGAUGAAGUAUAUUGGAGCGGGGAUCACGAAACAGGUGGUUACCGCGUCGUUUAUCAACCAGUUUCCGACUUUCCCAUAGCUCUUCAAGACACUCCAAAGGAAGAAAUUUUAGGAAUAAAGGCCGCCAAGAUUGUUUUGAGCGAUUUAACAGAAGACAGGUAUUAUGAGGUAAUAGUGUUACCCUUUAAUUCUGAAGGGGAAGGUCCAUCGAGCCCUCCAGUAACUGUAUAUGUAGGAGAAGCAGUUCCUACGGGAGAGCCACAACAUCUAAAAGCGGAACCAAUUUCUUCUACAGAAGUGCAUUUACGUUGGAAACCACCUCAAGCCAAUAUGCAAAAUGGAGAUUUAUUAGGAUAUAAAAUUUUCUAUUUAGUUACUGAUUCUCCUCAAGAUUUAGAGAACAAACAGGAAGAAGAAAUAGAAGUUGUACCAGCAUCAUACUUGACACACAGCUUGGUGUUUUUAGAUAAAUAUACAGAAUAUCGUAUUCAAGUAUUGGCUUUUAAUCCAGCCGGUGAUGGUCCUAGAACUCCAUCUAUCACUGUCAGAACUAAACAGGAUAUACCUGGACCACCGUACAAUUUACAAUUCUCAGAAAUUACAAUGACCAGUCUUCGCGUCUCUUGGGAAGCGCCAAAACUGCGAAAUGGUGAAAUAGUCGGCUACAUUGUUACAUACGAAACUGCAGAACAAAAUGAUCGUUUUAGUAAACAAGUUAAGCAAAAAGUAACGGAAACAAGUCUACUAAUUCAACCUUUAGAAGAAGAAGAAACGUAUACUUUUAUGGUUCGAGCGCAAACCAUUGAUUUUGGUCCACCCAUAUCCGGAAAUGUCACGACAGGUCCACAAGAAGGUUCACCAAUGGCACCUAGCAACCUUGCUGUCACAAAAACAGUGUCUAGUGUUGAAUUGCAAUGGACUAAUGGUGCUUCUGGGAAAGGGCCCAUUCUAGGAUACUAUAUUGAAACACGCCGAAAAGAUGACAGUCGUUGGCAGACGAUAGUACGUAGCAGUAAUGGACCAUUGACAGAGUAUUCUGUAUCAUAUCAAAAUUUACUCCCAUCUACGUCGUAUUUAUUUAGAGUAAUAUCAUACAAUCGUUAUGGAAUUAGUUAUCCAGCAUAUUCCACAGAAACAAUUCUAACUCCAUCAAAACUAUAUCUUGAAUAUGCAUAUUUACAACAUAAGCCAUUUUACAGACAAACUUGGUUUAUGGUCACUUUAGCUGCUGCAUCAAUUAUAAUUAUUAUAAUGGUCAUAGCAGUGCUAUGCGUAAAAAGUAAAAGCUACAAAUAUAAACAAGAAGCACAAAAGACACUUGAGGAAUCUAUGGCUAUGGAUACGGAUGACAGGCAAGAGUCUGAUUUGGAGCUUUAUAGAUCAAGACAGGGUGGUGGUGGUGCUAUGAAUAUAGCUAAUGCUUGUGGUACACUAGGUAAACGAAAUACUUUAGCGAGAAAAUCUAUGCAUCCUCCUCCUCCUACGAUGUUAGGAAAAUCACCUCCUAGACCUUCGCCGGCUUCGGUUGCUUAUCAUAGUGAUGAAGAAAGUCUAAAAGGGUAUGAUGAAAAUCCUGACGACAGUAGCGUUACGGAAAAGCCUUCCGAAAUUAGUUCAACGGAUUCACAGGGAUCUGAAAGCGAGAAUGAGAGUGUACAAUCGGAUCCACAUUCCUUCGUUAAUCAUUAUGCUAAUGUUAAUGAUUCUCUGAGACAGUCCUGGAAACGUCAGAAACCAGUUAGAAAUUAUUCAUCGUAUACUGAUUCUGAACCUGAAGGUAGUGCUGUUGUCAGUUUAAAUGGGGGACAAAUUAUUAUGAACAAUAUGGCAAGGUCGAGAGCACCAUUACCUGGUUUCUCGUCGUUCGUAUAAUUUUGUUCGUAAUAAAAAAUUGAAGCUUUCGUUAAGUAGAUAGGGUGCCGAAUUAUAGCAAAGUGACACUUAUAAUCGUUAUGCAAUCAAAGUAAAAUAAAUUGAUGCUGAGCGAGAAUUGAUUUUAAAACACAUGAAUAAAAUAAUAGUUUAAAAAAAGAAAGUUUUAAAUUGUUAAAUAUAUGCAAGGAGAGACUAGCUGUUAAAAUUUUGAUCGAAGUAGAAUAGAGAGAAUUUUAAUGGCUCAGCAUUGAAAUUGAAAUAUACAGAGUUAAAGACUUAUGUUGGAACACGACUUAUGUUGUAACGAGUGUUUCACGCAUACUGAUAUAAUAACUUCGUAUAAUAAUUUUAAUAUGCUUUUGGCACCAUCCUAUUGUGAUAUAUUGAAAUACAUAUUAUUUAUAAUUUUAGGUAAAGUCAAAAUGUGUAUAAUAAGUAUUUUUUACUUUUAUUAAGUGAAGUUGAAACAAAAUAUUGUAUGGAUCUCGAAUAAUGUAAUGCUUGCGCAUUUUUUUAAUUGUAAAAAAGAAAGUUUCUCAGAACAUCCUGUUAAUAUGACGUACUAAUGAAAUAGAAUAACAUCAUCAAUAAUAAUGGAAAACAAUAUCGUAACGAAAACUGCCAGAGACAACUACAUAAUAAACUUAAGAAACAAAAUAAUAUUUUAAUACUACAUUUAAUAUGAUAAAGACGAUUAAAUUAUAAUCCAUUAAAACAUGAUGUAAUUAACUAUCACCGAAAAUACUAAUCACAAUGUCACUCAUAAAUUUUUUAAAUUCACUUAAUUCACACUUUCAUUUUGUGCUACAAAAUGAAAAUUGUAUGUAUGAUAUAAUGACAUUGAUUUAAAUGUAUAAACAGUUCACAAUCAGGCCUAUCAUAUCAAUUUGAAAUGAUCUUCAUAGACUAAAGGCGAGUCUAAUAAUGUUAUUGUACUGAUUAUACAAAUGUUUAUGUAAAAUGCGACUGCGUGCAUUUUUAUCUCUAAGAAACUUUGUUUUUAAUAUUAUUAUGUAUAAUGUAUAUAAAAUUUAUAUAAAUUACGAGAAACAACAAAUACUGAUACACUUGUACAUUUAGUGCACAGCUUAGACAACAUUAAAUGAAAUUUAAUGCUAAAUAGUCUUUGAACAACAUAUAUUUAUCUUCUUUGAAUAUAUAUAAGGAUGUA